AUGGUGCAUCCUCCAUGGCUGCACUUGAAGCAACUCCUGUGGUAUGCUGUCCCAUUAACGGAAACCUUUAAUGAAAAAAGAACUGGAUCAGAAAGUCAGAUCGGUCUGGUUGUUGGAAUUGGAACAGUUGGAUUGAGAAUUGACUAUUAUUCACCCAGCGGUGGUUAUGGUUAUUCACCCAGCGGCAGCGGUGGUUAUAGUUAUUCAUCCAGCGGUGGUUAUAGUUAUUCACCUAGCGGCGGUAGUGGUUAUAGUUAUUCACCUAGAGGCGGCGGUGGUUAUAGUUAUUCACCUAGCGGUGGUGUUUCGCCCAACGGCGGCGGUGGUUAUGGUUAUUCACCUAGCGACGGCAGUGGUUAUGGUUAUUCACCCUGA